CUCCUUCUCUGCUUUUCAUCCCUUCUUAUACACGCAUCUACCGCGAUAAUAAAUCUUACUCAAUAGAACUUUGCAAGAAGAUCAUCUCACUGCGACAAGGCAGAAAGCAGGCGAAAAACGAGCCUGCGACAGCUCAGCACUUCCCAGCACAGCCCUAUCCUCAAGCAACGGGCAUGGAACAUCCAAGUGUCCCAAAACGACCAGAGCUAUGUGAACGUUGCAAUUUAAUCUUCGCAACGAUCGAAAAUCUCAGGAGCUUGGUUUCGAGCCAAGGUCUCCCGCACUAUGGUCCACAGGAGCUCGAUGAGCACGCUAAGGCAGGUUGCCAUAUGUGCCAGCUCCUGCGCUACAGAUUCACACCCGACUAUCCCCAUGGAACAUUGUUUCUCCAGGGAUCAGCAAGAGACAUUCCUGAAGUGAUAACACAGUACCCAUCCCAAAUCAGCUCCAUGGGGCAUUUGUCGGUCAAAUGGGACACGAUAACGAUCCGCGUUCAGGGUUAUACAGACGAUCCAGUAUUUUCAUAUCUUGACAUUGACCCCUUGUCCUACGAUACUGGUAGCGCCUUCGUGGCUAAACACUACAAAAAACUUCUGAAAGAGUGCCUUGAACAUCAUGAGUGCGGAAGUCGACAUCUUCCCCCCCUGCCAUCUCGAGUUAUCGAUGUGGGUUUGGCAGAUAGUAGCAUUGAACCUAAACUCCACGUUUCUGACCACACCGAGAAAGUGCCUUAUACAACUCUGAGCUAUUGCUGGGGCGAUUUAGGGCAACUCACGACAACGAAGGCUACACUAGAAAAGCAUCAGCAUUGUAUGCCCAUGAGUACAUUGUCACUGUCUGUGCAAAACGCAAUUACAGUUACUCGUCAUCUUGGGAUUCGAUAUCUUUGGGUGGAUGCAUUAUGUAUUAUCCAGGAUUGUCCGACAGAUGUGGCGAGAGAGAUAAAUAAAAUGGGGAGUAUUUAUACAGAUUCUACCUUGACAAUCGCCGCAACGAGAUCCGAGCGCGCAGCUGAUGGGUUUCUGGAAAAGUACUCCAUCGACCAGGCGGAGAGGCCUACUGAGGCCCGCUACACCAUGCAAGGACUGGCAGAACCUGAACCGGCUAGUAAAUUCUUCCUUCCCAUUCUUCUUCCAAAUGGGACUUUCGGAAACAUCAGUGUGUCAAAAAAACGGCCCCGCGAAUGGGAACCUGGGUAUUUAGAAUCCAGGGGAUGGACACUUCAAGAGUUUCUCUUGUCCAAAAGAUUACUGCUCUUCGGCCAUGACGGGGAUGUCCGAUGGCAUUGUUUGCGAAGACGUGGUUUCGAUUCCGUUCUAUUUCCAUCUCCAUCGGAAGAGCCAGAAUUCGUAGGCGGCAGCCUAUUCGUUCUUCACGAAGGCAUAUCUGGCCGCGGGCAGACUCGGCAGAGGGUAUGGAGUGACAUUAUCAAAGAAUAUAGCGGCCGCAAACUCACAAAACUUGAAGACCGUCUUCCCGCGAUCGCUGGCAUAGCAGCAGAGUUGAAAAAGCAAUGGAACUACUCGUAUGCUGCUGGUAUUUGGGUAGAGCUUUUGCAGCAAGAUGUCUUAUGGGAGGUGUUAGAAGAAGAUGAUGAAAUUCACCCUGUCUCUCAGCAAAACAUCGCUCCUAGCUGGUCCUGGGCUUCAGUUAAUAAACAAGUUAUUUGCCCCUAUGACGACCGGAGAUGGACUGCUGAGAUACUCAGCUGUACGGUCUUCCUUGUCGAUCCUGGAGUUCCGUUCGGGCAAGUCAGAGAGGGAUUUCUAAUUAUCCGCGGAGAGACCUGCCUCGAGACUCGAGCUACCAAAGGCGAGUUCUCGGGUCCAGGAUAUAAACCAAAACAAGAUGAUGUGUCAUCAAGAGCCUCGAGUCUCAACUUACUUCUGAGGGUGAUUCAUAACACGGAAUAUAGCAAAGGCAAUCCUUACAUUGGCUCAUCUGGAGUCAUUCUGCAGCCUGUCGAGGAUGGCAAAUUCAAAAGAGUUGGCGUUUUCUCUUACGACGCUCGACACGAUAUAACCACUAAUAGAUCGUAUUGGAUAACGAGGGAAGUGAUUAUCGUCUGACUGUGUGAGAUGAUCGAUGUUCUCUAAGUAAUAAAUUUCCCUUUCGUCCCAGUAUUUCAAUGAUAG